AUGACAUCCUGGCUCCUGCUGAGUCUGUUCCUGGUCGGGGCACAUCGAGACUCUCAGCACUUUGCCGUUCAACUCGACGACGAAAUCGAGGAGUCUCCACCUGCGAUUCUCGCUUCGCCUGAGAACGUCUCCAGCGUGUUGGCGUCCGUCAAUGCAGCAGAGCCCAUGCGAGUGCAUCUAUUGGCAGGGGUCUACCCAAACGUUACAUUUACUCUACCACGCGGUGCCAAUCUGGAGUUGCAGGGUGAGCCGGGCACGAAGAUGGAGGACUUGGUUGUGUAUGGGGACGACGACACGACGACAAGGUGGAAGACGAAACUGACUGAGCUGACGCUGAAAAGCCUCCAAGUGAUGAGAGUAGCACUCCAGGAGUCGUUGCCACUGUAUUCCUUGGCUCUUAUCGAUCUGGCAGUAAAAGCACUGCACCACCCUGGCGGCGACCAAGCAGAGGAAGAAGCCAACUCCACAACCUUGCACAGUCAAUUCGAGACAUACCUGUUUUAUUAUCACAGGGAUUUCAUCCCUUCUCUCACAAUACAGAGAUCGUUUCUGAUGCCAAUGCGCAUGGGCCUCUGGGGGGGAAAUGUCACGGUCCUUAACUCCACCAUCAUGCUCAACGACGGCAUCAUCGAUUUCAGGAAGAAUAAGGGAGAGUUCCGCCUUGUCUCCGAAGAUGUGCUUGUCGUUGCAACUUCGACAUUGGCUGACGUUGAUCUGUGGGUGCAUGGCAAUGCCAGCAUCGUAGAGUCCAACAUGACCGGGAAGUACGAAUUAUUGUUUGAAGGAAACCACAGCCACAUUGAGAAUUCACACUUCGGCGCAUGUUACGGAAGCUGUGUGAGGAUCUGUUCCCGGCAAUCUGCUCUCGUCGGCUCCUCCAUGCAGACCGCAGUGUCCGUUAUGUGCGUGCUCGGUUUGCACUUGAACCUGGAGAUUCGCGACAUGGAAAUCUUCGAUAUCUACACCCCCUUCCUCCAGUAUGUUGACAUCUAUGAAGGUCGUACUACGCUAGAUGUGACUUUCACCAUGGUGAAGUUGCGGAACGUCUGGAGUGCUGUCAAGAUUGAAGCGAGCCAGUGGAAGCUAACCAUGCAAAACAUCACGAUGGAAGAUGUCACGAAUUCCGGCCUGACCCUGCAAAGCAGGGACGAGAGCGACCGUGGCAUUGCUCAGCUUCGCGAUAUUUCUAUGCACAGAAUCAUGGGCGUCGGGCUUGUCCUGGACUGGACGAUUGCGAACAUCACCGACGUGACCUGCAGAGAGUGUAACAUGGCAAUCGCAGCCCGUGGCUCUUCUCUGAACAUGCAUGGGGUAGACAUCCUGGGCAAGCACAAGCAAUGCAACGGGAUUGCUUUGAAGUCAUCGCGUCUAGAAGCGCAUGAUGUGCGCAUGACGAAUCUGGCUGCCGGACUACUGCUGAAAUCCUCGACCGUGCACUUGGAGGACGUCUUCAUCACAGACAAUGUCUCUCCAGAGGUGGGCUCCGGUUACGUCCUUUUACGCCAAACCUCGGCUUUGGGUGUCCUGCCGGUAAACACAACGGGCACCAUCAGCGGUCUGGUCUAUUUCAACGAUGCAGCAGACGAGCUGUGCGAAGAUCAUAAUGGCGAUAAAGUUUGUCCCACUUUGGAGCACCGGAGCGCAGCUAUGAAAGUGCACCACUCGAAAGCCCUGAUGCUCUCCUUGCUUGCCUGUCUCGUCGCUACCAUCUCGGCAGUCCAGGGUCUCAAGCUCCUCUACACCGAGAAGGCCUCAGCAGUCGCACUCUCCCUGCGCAUGUUCUUGUGGAUGCUCGGUUGUGGCCUGUGGCCUGUGGUGAUGAUCGGAGCCAUGAAUGUACUGUUGGUCAUCCGGCGUGCAGUCCAAGAGCAGGAGGCGAAGCAGCGCCCGCACCUGGAGGAGUUCGUUGGUCCAGAGAAGAAAAUGAUGUGGCGGCUCCUGUUCCUAUUGAUUUGGUCAGCGGGUGGCAUACUUUACGUCUUCUUCGAUGUCUUCCUCAAUCGAUACUUGGUCAAGUUGGAGCAUCUAGACGGUCUAGGACACGGCUUGAUGCUGACUGGCGACACACGGCGGCGGAAAGAGCUCGAUGAGAAGAAGGCUCAACUGAAGAAGCGCCUGGACAACCAGAUUCCAUCCCAAGAUGGCGAGGCAGUGCAGCCACCCUUGGAAGAGCAUUAUUGCGAUACGGAGGAGACUGAAACCAAGCCGGAGGCGGGUGGAAAGAUCAAGAAGUCGCCGGUGGAUGCUUUGUGGAUGUAUGCGAGCUGGCUGCGGGCAGACUUCAAGGGGAAGGGGAAGACGAAGACGACCGGAGUGAUCUUCAUUCUCGCGGUUGUGUUGAUGCCACAGACAAGAGGGAACAUGAAGAAGCAAAGGAGGCAGCUCAGCCAAUUGGUUGCAGACUUGAACAGCAUCAGCGCCAAGGAGGUGCGGGAGUUCGACGAGAAGCUGACCCGUCGCUUUACCGGUUGCAGCACGAAGAUGGUGCUGAAGUUGGCCGAGCGCGCUCAAGCAAAGAUCAACACGGACUACCAGCAGGACUUCGAGGCCGGGAAGAAGAAGGAACUGCCUCUGGCACGAUAUGUGUGCGACUUCCUGCGGGCCACCAUCUACGCAGCAGACCCAUUUGCGCUGGCCCUGGCCUUCCACGAGUUCCAGAAGCGCUUCAAGAUCGUGCGGGUGAAGAACAAGUUUGCGAACGAGAAGCUGAAAACGGAGGAGCGGACGAACAUUCUCGUCAACUUCUGGGUUGAGACAGAAGACAUGAAGCAGAUCGGUGAAGUGCAGUUCCUCAUGCAGGAGAUCUAUGUCUACAAUCUUCUCCUCGGAGGAAGCAGCUUGUCCAGUGCGCUGACGACUCCAGGAGCUUUACCCCAGACUCUCACCCGUGAUUUCGUUUUGGAUCGAAUUGUCCAGCGAAGGAUUGCAGCUUCGCCUGAGAACUUCUCCAGCAUGCUGGCGUCCAUCGCUGCGGAGCCCAUGCGCGUGAAGCUCCCGGCUGGGGUCUAUGGCAACAUAGCCCGAGCGAAUCUCGAGCUCUGGGGCGAGGCGGAUGCAGAAGUCCGACUUUUGGAGCAGUUGUACCCUUUGCACUUGCUAAGGGAUGACAUGAGGUCGCACAUUGGCCCUUUCGACCGUAACAUGGACUUCGAUAUCCGAAGUCUUUCCUAUUUGAAGACUCUCAAAGUCACUGGCAACUUUAGCAUCGUCAACUCCACCAUGACCGGGAACCACGUCCUCUGCUUCCAUGGAGACCACUGCCACAAGCGCAUGGAGAGUUCAGUCGUGGGUCCAUGCCGGGGAUACUGUAUAGAGGUCUACAACUUGACGAACUCUUCCGUGAAGUUGCACGGCUCCUCCAUGCAGACUGCGACGCGCCUCUACCAGAGGGCCGCUGAGAAUAUGGAGGCUCGUGAACUGGAGGCCAUGACAUCCUGGCUCCUUCUGGGUCUUUUCCUGGUCGGGGCACACCGAGACUCUCAGCACUUUGCCGUUCAACUCGACGACGAAAUCGAGGAGUCUCCACCUGCGAUUCCGGCUUCGCCUGAGAACGUCUCCAGCGUGCUGGCGUCCGUCAAUGCAGCAGUCUACCCAAACGUUACACUUACUCUGCCACACGGUGCCAAUCUGGAGUUGCGGGGUGAGCCGGGCACGAAGAUGGAGGACUUGCUUGUGCGUGGGGACUCUGAGGACGACGCCGAGACAUCAAGGACUGAGCUGACGCUGAAAAGCCUCCAAGUGAUGAGAGCAGAAUUCAGAGAAUCGUUGCCACUGGAUUCCUUGGCUUUGAUCGAUGUGGCAGUGGAAGCACUGCACGACCCUGGCGGCGACCAAACGGAGGAAGAAGCCAACUCCAGAAAGCACAGUCGGUUCGAGACCUACCUGGAUUAUAGAGGGGGGUCUUGCAUCCCUUCUGUCAAAAUACAGAGAUCGGUUCUGAUGCCAACGCGCAUGGUCCUCUGUGGGUUAAAUUCCACGGUCCUUAACUCCACCAUCAUGCUCACCGGCGGCAUCCCCCAUUCUGCUUCUGGACACAUUGACCAUUCAGCGCGGCACGACCAUAUCCAUGCUGUUUACUUGUCCAUUUCGAGGUCACACCUUGGCACUACAAAGAAGGCAGACUUCCGCCUUGUCGCCGGAGAUGUGCUUGCCGUUGCAACUUCGACAUUGGCUAACGUCACUCUGGAGGUGACUGGCAAUGCCAGCAUCGUAGACUCCAACAUGACCGGGAAGUACAAAUUAGAACUUUAUGGAGACCACAGCCACGUGGAGAAUUCACAUUUCGGCGCAUGUUACGGAAGCUGCGUGUCGAUCCGUUCCCGGCAAUCUGCUCUCGUCGGCUCCUCCAUGCAGACCGCACUGUCCGUUUUGGACAAGUUCGGUUUGCACUUGGAGAUUCGCGACAUGGAAAUCUUCGAUGUCUACACCCCGUUCCUCGAGUAUUUUGGCAAGGAUGAAGGUCUUCUAGAUGUGACUUUCACCAUGGUCAAGUUUCGGAACGUCUGGAGUGCUGUCAAGAUUGAUGCGAGCCGGUGGAAGCUAACCAUGCAAGGCGUCACGAUGGAAGAUGUCACGAAUUCCGGCCUGACCCUGCAAAGCAGGAACGCAAGCAACCGUGGCAUUGCUCAGUUUCGCGAUGUUUCUAUGCACAACAUCAUGGGCGUCGGGCUUGUCCUGGACCGGACGAUUGGGAACAUCACCGGCAUGACCUGCAGAGAGUGUAACAUGGCAAUCGCAGCCCAUGCCUCUUCUCUGAACCUGCGCGGGGUAGACAUCCUGGGCAAGCACAAGCAAUGCAACGGGAUUGCUUUGAAGUCAACGUGUUUAGAGGCGAAUGAUGUGCGCAUGACGAAUCUGGCUGCUGGACUACUGCUGAAAUCCUCGACCGUGCACUUGGAGGACGUCUUCAUAACAGACAAUGCUUUGGGUGUCCUGCCGGUAAACACAACGGGCACCAUCAGCGGUCUGGUCUACUUCAACGAUGCAGCAGACGAGCUGUGCGAAGAUCAUAAUGGCAUUAGAGUUUGUCCCACUUUGGAGCACCGGAGCGCGGCUAUGGAAGUGCACCACUGGAAAGCCCUGAUGCUCUCCUUGCUUGCCUGUCUCGUCGCUACCAUCUCGGCAGUCCAGGGUCUCAAGCUCCUCUACACCGAGAAGGCACUCUCCCUGCGCAUGUUCUUGUGGAUGCUCGGUUGUGGCCUGUGGCCCGUGGUGAUGAUCGGAGCCGUGAAUGUACUGUUGGUCAUCCGGCGUGCAGUCCAAGAGCAGGAGGCGAAGCAGCGCCCGCACCUGGAGGAGUUCGUUGGUCCAGAGAAGAAAAUGAUGUGGCGGCUCCUGUUCCUAUUGAUUUGGUCAGCGGGUGGCAUACUUUACGUCUUCUUCGAUGUCUUCCUCAGUCGACACGGCCUGAUGCUCACUGGCGAUGCACGACGCCGGAGAGAGCUCGAUGAGAAGAAGGCUCAACUGAAGAAGCGCCUGGAUAACCAGAGCCUGCGGAGCAGAAUGCAAAGCCUGCACUACAAGCUCUUCGCGGCUCUGGAUCGCCGCAAGGUCGAUGCAACAGAGAUCUUCCAGGAGAUGAAGGAUUUGGCAGAGGAAGAGGCAAGCAACCUGGCUGGGUGGUUUGAGGACCAGCGCCAAGUGUACCAGGACACGGAGCAAAAGUGCGACAGAGACGAUGGUGGCGCACGGAUGGAGAAGCUGGAGAAGCGACCGGACACGGUUUUAGACAUAGCAUUUGUCAAGAUUCCAUCCCAAGACGGCGAGGCAGUGCAGCCACCCUUGGAGGAGCAUUAUUGCGACACGGAGGAGACUGAAACCAAGCCGGAGGCG